AUGUUUAAAGUACAUUCUUAUCCACCUAUUAAUCAACUUGAUCUAUCUAUCUAUCUAUCUAUCUAUCUAUCUAUCUCAAUUUGUUUGUCUGCCUAUCUAUCUAUCUAUCUCAAUUUGUUUCUUUUUAUCUAUCUAUCUAUCUAUCUAUCUAUCUAUCUAUCUAUCUUAAUUUGUUUGUCUGCCUAUCUAUCUAUCUCAAUUUGUUCCUUUUUAUCUAUCUUAAUUUGUUUGUCUGCCUAUAUAUCUAUCUCAAUUUGUUUCUUUUUAUCUAUCUAUCUAUCUAUCUAUCUAUCUAUCUAUCUAUCUAUCUAUCUAUCUCAAUUUGUUUCUUUUUUCUUCUAUCUAUCUAUCUAUCUAUCUAUCUAUCUAUCUAUCUAUCUCAAUUUGUUUGUUUCUAUAUAUCUAUCUCAAUUUGUUUGUCUGCAUAUCUAUCUAUCUAUCUAUCUAUCUAUCUAUCUAUCUAUCUAUCUCAAUUUGUUUGUCUGCCUAUCUAUCUAUCUAUCUAUCUAUCUAUCUAUCUAUCUAUCUCAAUUUGUUUGUUUCUAUAUAUCUAUCUCAAUUUGUUUAUCUAUCUAUCUAUCUAUCUAUCUAUCUAUCUAUCUAUCUAUCUAUCAUAUACCCCCGCCUCUCUCUCUUUCUGUCUCUCUCUGUCUCUUUCUCUAUCUGUUCCUAUUUAAUUUUAUUCCUUUCGAAACUAUAUCGAUUGUCCGUGCGAUAUCUAUCUAUCUAUCUAUCUAUCUAUCUAUCUAUCUAUCUAUCUAUCUAUCUAUCUCUCUAUAUAUAUAUAUAUAUGUAAAGACGAUAAAUGCUCUCUCAUCACGCAGAAACGAACGAAACCCAUCGAGCGUGUUUUCAGCUCGGAUACCUUAA